GGGGUUCCCAUGGGUAAGGGAUCGAGUCCGCCCAUUGCAAACAUGGUAUGCGCAUUUGAUGAGGACAGGUGGUGCUCCCAAAUCGGAAUUGAUAGGAAACUCAUACAUGGUAUGCGAUUUGUGGAUGACGUCAUGAUGAUCAUAAUAGCGGGAGGUGAGGAUCAAACAAAAGAAGAAGAAUGUCAGAAAUCCUUCAUGGCAUGCUACCACGAGUCGAUGAAACUUGAGAUCACAGCGGAUAACAACACCAUGGAAUGGACAUAUCUGGAGACAAGGAAAACGCUCGCCUCUCUCCUUGGCAUCCCAGCCCAGGAGCAAAUUCUCAUCUGCGGAUCUGCGAAGUUGGACUCUUCGAAAGUCCUCGCCGCCUACCAUCUGCCAUCCGAUGAGAAGAGACUGUUUUUGUUCAACAAAGCCAGACUGAUAAGUGGGGCGCCACCACCUCCUCCUGAGGAUGUCGAGAUUGUGGAGCCUCAGAUCCCGACUGGCCCGUCGUCGGUCGUCAUGGGAGCACGCCACCCCCUCCUCGAUUCCGACAGCCCUCUGCUUCAGACUCUGCCUAAUUACGAGCGGCAGUUCAAGUACCAUCUUCAGAAAGGCCACGCCAUCUGGCAAGCCAGUCAAUCACGAUUUGACACGUGUCAGCGCCUCGUUGAGGAGCAAAAGGUCCAAGAACAGGCCAUUUUAACUGGGAGGGGCAACAUGGCUAUCUACUACAAGCACAUCUGUCAUCAAUACAAAGACUUCAUGAAGACGUACGAGCGGCAGCAUAAACACCACACAGAUCUGCUGAACAAUUUCGAGAAGGAGAUGGCCAGACUCAGAGCCUGCCAGUUGCACCCUGACCUGCAGGCAGAAGGACGGAGAACGCUGCUUGAUUGUGAGAAGGAGGGGGAAAUUCGUCAGAGGGCGGCAGACUGUGCAGCCAAGAACAAUCACUUCAACUCCAAGGUAGCAGACCUGAGUGCGCUGUUUGCUGAGAUGCGGCGGAGUGUACAGGAAUUAGAGACCACACCACUGGACGUGGAUGUUAGACAGCUGGCGUUCAAGAUCGACGACAGUCAGAAGUACAUCGAGGAACAGACAAGCAUUCUCACUAGCUUAACGAAGGACUUGGGGACGGUGAAGAAGAUGGUGAACGAGUGUGUGGAGGGGAUGAGGGCGACUGAACGUUCGGCUUCCUUAAGACCGUUGGAUGUGAUUAACCAUCUUCAUCCGAUGGACCAGGGGCACACAUCUUUCCAGCUACCGAAGAUGGAGGAAUGCGACCGGCGGCUUGCGCAUCUGGUGCUGUACCUGAGGGACUGCAAGAAUGACAUGAGUCGAUGUGUGCACAUGCAGUUGCAGAAGGUGGCGGCUCUUCAGUCGACGAUCCGCGACAUGCGCUUCCAGCUGGCUGCGUACCGAGAAGCCCUCGAUCAACAAGACAAGCACUUUGAUGAGUUGGUAAGACUGCACCGCGUGCGGCCGGCAUACCGCGUCUGCCUUGCGGAGAUUGUGUUCCGGAAAGCGUAUUCGGAAUGGUACAAGGGGCAAGCGGAGCAGUUGGCGGAGAAGAUCGCGCAGAUUCGGGACGCUGAGGUGGCAAGGAGAGAAGAAUUCUUUCAACAGCAAAAUGUGUACAUAUCGAGAGAGAUCAUGGAUCGGAUGGGGCUAUCGGGUCUGCCGAGCCAAUGUGAGGUGAAUCUGGCGCCGUUCGAUCUGGAUUUGCUGGAUGUGGAAAUGGAAGAUCUCCAGAAAUGGGCGCCGGAGAGCCUGUAUGGUCAAUCGUCGGAGCAGGUGAGCAGAAGGCUUUCGUCUCCGAGGGCAAGUGCAUCGUCAUCUGCGGUGUUGCGGACAAGCACAGAGGGUGCAGCUGUGGUGCGUCGGUCAACGGCAGAGGAGGAGGGUUCAGCUGCGCGGCGUGACGGUGGUGAGGAGGAUGGCGUUGGCGGCGCCGAGAUCGACGAAGUAAUGGAGUUUAAGAAGCUAGAGCUGGAGAACGCCCGGCUGAAGGCGGAGCUUGCGUCGGCCAUGGCCAUGCUUUAUGCGUUUGACCCGGAGCGGUUCAUGGAGGAAGGGGCGCAGGUGCGGGAGGGAGAGGGGGAUUCGGAGGGUGCCGACUCCGGCGGUACGGUGAUUCAGGCACAGAAGGUUGCAAAUGCAUUGUAUCUGAAGGAUGAGUAUGGAAGGCAGCUGCAAGAUCAAAUGCUUCAUCAAAAGGACCAGAUUAGGUUGUAUGCGCAGAGAAUAAAGGACCUGGAAGCGCAGCUCGAAGCGCAGCGGGCACAGAUGAUGGCCCAGCAAGGGCUGAGGGAGCGGGGAAUGGGAGAGGGGAAGGGCGGGAGUGAUCGAUGGCCGAAAGAACAGGACGAAGGGCAGCUAAUGAUGAUGACACUAGCAGGGGGAAUGCAGGCGGCAUUCCCUCGGGCACCGUUCGAGGCUGGUUGGAAGGAUCAUCGGGAGAAAGGAGGAGGCAUGGUUGAUGAAUCGGGUGGCCGGAGUGUGAGGGAAAAAGCAUCCAGUGCGACGGAGAUGGCAUCAUGCAGUCAGGAUGAACAGAGGAGCGUCGGGGUCGGUCGUGACGGGGAAGGGAAACGAGGCGAGGACGGAGGAGGGUCUAGUGUACAAUCGACUGCUGUUCAGCAAUGCGCAAAGGAACAGGACUGUGGGCAAGUUUUAGAGCAGCCGCCGGGGGAUGCUGGAGAAGAGCAUGAACCCUCGAGUGUAACUGACGAUCAUGCCAUGUUGGACGCAUCUGGUCAUGCUUCCCAUGGCCACCAAUCGCAGGCGGGUGGCGGGGUGAUGUGCAUGGUGGGGGUGGAAUCGGCAGACACAGCAAUGGAGGACUCGCAGGGAGUAGUAUUGCAAGCUGAAGGAGAUCGAAUGGUUCCUGAUAGCGGAAGUGGGGUGAUGUGUGGGGUAGAAGGGCAGAACGAAGGGGCGGGGGUGACUGAGGGUGCCGGACGCGGCAUGGAGAGUAGGAUGGCAGCGGGUAAUCGAGAAGAGGGGGAGGAGGAGCAGCACGCAGGCAGCAGCUUUGGGGGUGAGGGCGAUGCGAAGCAAGGGGGCGCCUCUUUCACGACAGCUAUAGAUACGUGUGUGUCAGGAGAGAAGGAGGUAGGGAGUGGCAAGGCGGGGGAGGAGGUAGGGAGUGCCAAGAUGCACUCCGGAGAGUCCGCGGAGAGCAGGGUCGCAGCAGCAGCACCCCAGCGGCGCGCAAAGCGGGAGGAGGACGAACACAAUAGUCUACUUGUCGAUGAUGAUGUGCGUACAAGUGACAUCGAGCGUCUUCAGAAUGCUCUCGCUGAAAGUUCCGCUGCUUGUCAAGCUGCCGAAGAGCGGGUGAAAGCUCUGACAACCGAGGUGGACGAGCUGCGCGCUCUUUUGAAAUCCAAGGAGGAUCUCCUGAGUGAAAGCCAGGUGAACUGUGCCCACUUGGAGCACCUUCUUCAUGAAGCACGCGAGGAGGCACGGACCAAUCAUUGUGCAGCCAACAGUGGGGCAGCAAGGUAUGCGGCAUUACGGAAUGUCAGCAUCAAGCAGAGAGGGCUCAUGGGAAGGUUCCAAAGAGCCAUCCCCAUGCCGGGAAGCGAUCCAGUUGUACCCUUUCCUGAGGCUUUGAUUACGCUCGCAAAGUCCCUCUCCGCGUCGUCGAAUGUUAGCGUUAGCCAGGGUGAAAGUGACGAUGGGCUGGAAUGGUUCCGCGCAGCGAUACGCAGCCUCGCGGAACAUGUGUACCAGUUGGUGGUACAUAAGGACAAGCUUUGUCGGCAAUUAGAGAUGGAGAGGAGGCUCAACGUCAGCGAUAUUGCACUCUUCAUGCGCAACGCGGACGGAUUUUUUGUCGCCGUGUGCCCCAAUCGUCCAAACUACUACUUGUCAGAUCAGCCGACUUCUCCACAAUCCGCAGAACCCAAGCAUCGUCUAGUGCAGCAAUGCGUUGUGGGGCGAGUUACGCGCAUAGAGCAUCACGCCGUCGCCCCAUCCCCGUGCGAAGCAAGCAGUACGUCGAAUGUUGUCGACUCCGCGGCGAGCAGUUGCGGUCCGUCAAGGCCCACGGGCGUAGUCCCAUCUGGUGGUCCGUCUGGUCCCGGUGGGGGCGUCAGCUGUACGGGGACCACGAGUACUACACCUCUGGACAUGCCGAGGAGUCCGCCGACAUCAGUCUGGAAUCCGUUCAAACUCCCGUCAGGCGCCGAGUUUUUUAUUGUGACGGCGACUUCCGUCCCUGGACUGCAAUUUUUGCCUCCAACAGUUGGCAGGUUGAGAUGACGACGAUCAGGGGUGGAGGGGUGUCAGGUACGCUGUCGUGGGGUGCCUGCCGUGCAGAAACCGCGAGGUAUAGGAAGGAGGAAUUGAAGCGGGGAAGUCCUUCGAUCGUGUUGUGCCCUGGGAGUGCGCUUGGCAGCAAAUGGGAAUUAGCAAGGACUUGCUUGCACACAUGGCAGUGGAAGUAGAGUGCUAUAGCUUCUCUCUGAUCAAGGUGAUCUUGUGAAGUCAAGCAAGUGUUAUUUCAAAGUAAAUCUUUACAAAAUCA